UGUUCAUUGCUUCAUCUGCUUCCUUUAAAUGUCUUACGCCGUGCUCUCUCUGUCGCUUAGCCUGCUGCAAAAUUGCUUUUUUUAUUCGCCUCAAAAUCAAGUGGAGAACAGCGAGCGAGCGAGAGAGAUGAUCGAUGAUCGAAGUGGGUCCUCGGAGUAGGUGGCGACAGCCUCAUCCGAUUACUUCCCCAGCCUGGAAAGGCGCUGUUUUUGGGUAGAUCAAAAGGCCUCCCCACUGAUCUGAUACCGAAAACAAAAAGGGCAGCAGACAGCAAGAGAAAACCCUCCCUCGAUCCUCCUCUCUCCCCUUAGACUGCCGUUCUUCGCCGCAUUUUCGCUCCGGAACAGUUCCCGGAUCACUCCGCAGCUAGAAGUUACGACCUUGGAGGGAGAGGGAGGAGGAGAUUUUUCCGCAUUGAGCUCCAGUUUUCAGGAAUAGAGUAGAGAUCUGUGGAGUGAACUACUGUUGAUUUACUUUUCUGGCGGGGUUUUGUAGCAUGCGUAAUCGCAUUUUGUUCUAGGAGCAGGGAAAUUAGGGUUCUUACAAGUAUGAGGUUGAUCUGUUUGCUCCUUGCGAUCCCUGCCUUUUUUAUUCUUGAUGCUUCCUUUGCGGCGUUUGCUCCGAUUGAUAACUAUCUCCUUGCUUGUGGAGCUUCUCAGAAUGUGUCAUUCCAAGGCCAAGUUUUCCUUCCCGAUUCACAAGAAUCAUCCUUUUCCUUAGGAACCUCCGCCGACGGCGUCUUCUCCUCCUCCUCCUCCAAUUCUGCUCUCCCUUCCCCGAUUUACCAAUCUCUUCGCUUCUUCACCCAGCCGGCGCACUACAAUUUCGAUAUCCGGCAGGAGGGCCGCCACUGGAUCCGCCUUUACUUCUAUCCGAUUCCGAAUUCCGGCCAUGACUUGGUCUCUGCUCCUUUGACAGUGGUGACAGAUGAGUUUGUCCUCAUGAACAACUUCACCUUCAAGAACUCCAACCGCACCUACAUGUUCAAGGAGUACUUGGUGAAUGUGACCUCUGAUUCGUUGGCCCUCACUUUCAUCCCCGCCAACGGCUCCAUCUCAUUCGUGAAUGGGAUCGAAGUCGUCUCUGCUCCUGAUGGCCUGAUCUAUGACCAGGCCCUUGCAGUGCCUAAUGCUCCUUUCAGUGGCAUCUCUGCUCUUGGCCUUGAAACCAUGUAUCGGUUGAACAUGGGCGGCCCUCUGCUCACUCCAUUGAAUGACUCCCUUGGGAGGACUUGGGAAAAUGAUGCCAAAUACCUCCAUGUGAACAGCUCUGCAGUGAAGGUGUCUGCCGAACUCGACAGUAUAAAUUACCCUGAUGGAGUCACAAUUGAGACAGCUCCGAGGUGGGUUUAUGCCACUGCAGAAGCAAUGGGGGAUCCGAAUGUCACAGAUUUGAAUUUCAACAUCACCUGGGUCUUCUCAGUUGAUCCGAGCUUCCAAUACUUGAUCCGUCUCCAUUUCUGUGAUAUUGUUAGCAAGGCUCUGAACACACUAGUGUUCAAUGUGUAUGUCAAUUCCGACAUUGCCAUUGCCAGCCUUGAUUUAUCGUCACUGAAAAGUGACUUGUCUGUGCCAUACUACAAGGAUUUUGUUGCAAGCUCAAAUGGUUCGAACACGAUGACCGUCAGUGUGGGUCCGGAUACAAUGGCUGAUUUCAGUAAUGCUAUUCUUAAUGGUUUGGAGUUCAUGAAGAUUAGCAACGAUGCUAAAAGCUUGGAUGGAACCAGUGCCGUUAAAGAUCUUCUACCUGAUUCAUUGUCAUCGAAGAAUAAGUUGGGUUUGGUAAUUGGAGUCGUGUUGGGCUCGUUGAUUGGCAUCUCUGCUACAAUUUUGUGCUACUUCUGUUUCGUCAUUCGAAGAAGAAAAGCUAGCUCCAAUAAUCAACCAUGGCUACCACUUCCCUUUUAUGGGAUGAAUUCCCACUCCAUCAGUAAAGUCUCCACAACUUCUCAUAAGAGCGGAACAGCAAGUUGUAUAUCUUUGGCUUCUACAAACCUUGGCCGGGUUUUCAUGUUCCAGGAGAUCUUUGAUGCCACCAACAGGUUUGAUGAGAGCUUGCUUCUUGGAGUGGGUGGGUUCGGAAAAGUCUACAAGGGGACGUUGGAAGAUGGUACUAGGGUAGCUGUCAAGCGAGGAAAUCCUAGGUCUGAGCAAGGUAUAGCUGAGUUCCAGACUGAGAUUGAGAUGCUGUCCAAGCUCCGCCAUCGCCACCUUGUCUCGCUCAUUGGCUAUUGUGAUGAGCGCUCCGAAAUGAUACUGGUCUACGAAUACAUGGCAAAUGGGCCUUUAAGGAGUCAUCUUUACGGCACUAACCUUCCGUCCCUCUCGUGGAGACAACGGCUUGAGAUCUGCAUUGGUGCUGCACGAGGGUUGCAUUACCUUCACACUGGUGCAGCUCAGAGCAUCAUCCACCGUGACGUGAAGACAACAAACAUCCUUUUGGAUGAGAAUUUUGUCGCGAAGGUGGCAGAUUUCGGCCUCUCAAAGGCUGGUCCUGCGAUUGAUCAGACCCAUGUUAGCACUGCAGUGAAAGGGAGCUUUGGUUACCUCGAUCCUGAAUACUUCCGGAGGCAGCAGCUCACUGAGAAGUCAGAUGUGUACUCCUUCGGGGUCGUGCUGAUGGAAGUUCUCUGCGCGAGGCCAGCACUCAACCCCAUUCUGCCGAGGGAACAAGUGAACAUCGCGGAGUGGGCAAUGGCAUGGCAGAAGAAAGGCAUGCUUGAAAAGAUUCUAGAUCCAGCAUUGGCAGGGAAAAUCAAUCCAGCUUCACUCAAGAAAUACGGCGACGCAGCUGAAAAAUGCUUGGCAGAUCAGGGAGUCGACAGGCCGUCAAUGGGUGAUGUCUUAUGGAACCUCGAGUAUGCUCUCCAGCUCGAGGAGACUUCCUCACUUGCCGACCCCGAUGAUAACAGCAUAAGGAGCAUUUCUGGUAUCCUCCUACCACACAUGGAACCGCUUGAUCCUAGUAGCUUGAGCAUGGCUGAGGGAGUAAAUGCCAGCACCGUUGACAUCCCUGAAGAUGCUACCACAAGUGCAGUAUUCUCUCAGCUUGUAAACCCUAGAGGAAGAUGAAAAGUUAGUAUCAUUUUUUUGUGUUUGCUUGCUGCUGCACAAUUUUCAAAUUAAGCUUGAGAGAUCUUUAUCAUUUGUUUCCCAUUCCAUCUUUUCCUUUGUUUCAAUUUGUAAUAUAUUUUCAAUAUGAUGAGAUUAUUUAGCUUAUGAAACAUCAAUGACAGAGAUUUAAUUGCAUCCAUGUGCUUGUUUUUUUUA